ACCACCAACUGCUCGGUGCUCUGCUCUCCACGACUCGAUCGACCCCCCGUGCGCAGCACAGCACCCAGUCUCCUCCUCUUCGCUUCGCCGGCCGGCGUCUGACAAGAGGGAUGGAAUCGGCCCGCGUGGCGGAGCCCGCGGUGGCGCCCGCCAUGGACGUCGACAAGCUCACCUACGAGAUCUUCUCCAUCCUCGAGAGCAAGUUCCUCUUCGGCUACGACGACCCGAAGCUCCUCUUCGCCGGUGGCUCGCCGCUUCCGUCCUCAGCGUCUCCCAAGGCCACCCCGGCGCGAGCGACUCCAACGGGGAAGGUCUGCAUCCUGUCGAUCGACGGCGGCGGGCGCGCGGCCGACGGGCUGCUGGCCGGGGCCGCGCUGGUGAGGCUGGAGGCCUCGCUGCGGCGGCGCACGGGCGACCCGGACGCGCGCCUGGCCGACUUCUUCGACGUCGCCGCCGGCUCCGGCGCUGGCGGGGUGCUCGCGGCCAUGCUCGUGGCCCGCGGCGCCGCCGACGGGCGGCCGCUCUUCUCCGCCGAGGACGCGCUCGCGUUCCUCACCCGCAACAGCCUCCGCGGUGGCCGCGGGUGGUCGAAGCCUGGCGGGCUGUUCCGCCGUCAAUCAUCCUCCAGCGGCGCCGCGGCGUUCCGCAAGGUGUUCGGCGAAAUGACGCUGCGGGACACGGCGCGGCCGUUGCUCGUCCCCUGCUACGACCUCGCCACGGGCGCGCCGUUCCUCUUUUCCCGCGCCGACGCCGUCGAGACGCCCGCCUACGACUUCCGCCUGCGCGACGUCUGCGCCGCCACCUGCGCUGCCGGGUCGUCGUCUCCGGCGGCGGUGGAGGCGCGGUCGUGCGACGGGUCGACACGCAUCGUGGCGGUCGGCGGCGGCGUGGUGGCGCUCGGCAACCCCACGGCGGCCGCCAUCACGCACGUGCUCAACAACAAGCGCGACUUCCCGCUCGCCGCGGGAGUCGAGGACCUGCUCGUCAUCUCCAUCGGCAGCGGCGAGGCGGCAGCCGGCGGCGGCGCGUCCACGUCCGAGAUCGUCAGGAUCGCCGCCGAGGGAGUGUCCGACAUGGUGGAUCAGGCAGUGGCCAUGGCAUUCGGGCAUAACAGGACAAGCAACUACAUCCGCAUCCAGGCGAUGGGGUCGCCGCAGGCGAAGAAGGGCGGCGUUGCGCCGGAGGAGAUGUUGUCGCAGAAGAACGUGGAGUCGGUGCUGUUCAGGGGGAAGAAGCUGGCGGAGCAGACCAACGCGGAGAAGCUGGAGCGGUUCGCGCACGAGCUCGUCAAGGAGCGCGACCGCCGCCGCGGGGCCGACGCCGGCCAGCAGCUCGGGCUCGGCGGCGCACCCGCCGUCGUCAAGCCGGCGGCCGAAUGCCAAGGCCAGCAGCAGCCGACUUCGUACUCGAACCUCGUCAGCCAGAUGUUCACCAGCAUCCUAUAGGUUGUACUUGAACAUGCCGAUCGAGUGAGACGUUCCGCGAGCUAGUAGCAUCCCUUUGUUUCUCCUCUUUUUUUUUUUUUUGCUUUGUUUCGUCCCUGCUGCCGCUGGGUAUUGUAAAUGAGGAUUAACAAAGUGGAGCAUACGUGCCGUGAUCCGUAGGAUAUGUCUGUGUGUCCCCCCUAAAUCUUGAUUAGGGUAUGCAUGUCCCCACCUCUAAAUCUUAAUUUCGAUGCGAAUGCAGUGCUUAGCCCAUCAUCGUGAAUGCCAAAUUCCCGUGUUCCUCCG